AUGUUACUGUGGGAUUACAUCGUCGUUGGUGGAGGCUUGGCGGGCUCCGUGAUUUCCAAUCGACUGUUGGAACGCAACCCAUCCUUGAAGAUUCUCUUGGUCGAGGCUGGAAUUAAUGCCAACGACCGCCAGGACAUUGUCUGGCCCAAUUCCACCAACGGCCAGUUUGGUGACUUCGAUUGGGCCUAUUACUCUGAACCGCAGAGUAAUUUGAAUAAUCGAAGCAUUGCAUCCAAUUCGGGCAAAGGACUCGGAGGCAGCACCCUCAUCAAUGGAGCGUUCUGGGUCCGCGGGCAUACUGUCGAAUAUGACCAAUGGGCUGGACUAGUUGGUGAUGAUCGAUGGAGUUACAAAGGACAGCUCCUAUACAUGAGAAAGACGGAGACCUUCAUGACGAAUGAUACCGACUUGGAGCAACACGGUUUGGACGGUAAUGUCAAGAUCCAGAAUCGAGUUUCGACAAACAGGACAAAAUUCCCAAUGCGUGAGCCACUCCUCAAGUCAUGGGAAGAGCUCGGAGCUGUACAGCUUCCCCGGCUUGAUGGCAACAUGGGCGAGCCAAUUGGAAUUGCAGAGGCACAGGAAAAUCGAGACAUGGGACGACGUCAGCAAGCUUCGCUAGUGUAUUCUCUUGAUGGCAUUACUGUCCUCACUGAGACGAUGGUUGCCAAAGUCAUCACUACUACAACAACGAAUGGUACAGUUAUUGCUCAAGGUAUUGAGCUUGCCAAUGGCACGGAAAUUUAUGGUUCCGAGACCAUCUUAACGGCCGGUGCUUACCGCACGCCCCAAAUUCUUAUGCUUUCCGGAAUCGGUCCUGCUGAGACUCUCGAGAAGUAUGAUAUCCCAGUGGUCCUCAACCAGCCUGACGUUGGUCAACAUUUGCACGAUCACCCUAUUAUCCCGACUUUCUGGCGACUCAAGGACCCUUCUGCUGGAUACGCUCGAGAAUCGGGAGCUUCCAUCUGGGAUGAGCCACAAUACGAUCUCGGACUCGACAUUGACUUCCUUACUACACUUCCUGUUCCCAAGGAAGGCCUUGCAAAGGCGAUUGCUGAAGAUGAAGGCGAAACACCCGAUCCAGACACCCACCCGUUACUCAAGCAGGAUCGUGCCCACGUCUGCCACGUUGUUCAGUACUCGGGUGGCUCAACUGAUGGCUCUGCACUUUUCUUUAUGACGCUCAUGCUGGUUGUCCAAGCCGAAGGCUCGGUCACCAUCUCCUCGGCCGACAUCAAUGACGAACCAGUCAUCGACCCUAAUUUCUUAGGCACUGCAACCGAUCGGUAUGCGCUCCGUGAGGCAAUUCGUACAGAUAUUAGACUCAUGACGAGUAACGAAACCGUCAUCGGCCGCGAGAUCAUUUCAGGCGAGGUCAGCAAUAAUCCGCUAACCAUUGACUCGACUGACGAUGAGAUCGACGCUCGAAUCCGUGAAAAUGGAGCCGGCUGCUACCACCCAAGUGGUACUGCAUCAAUGGGCAAGGUCGUCGAUACUGACCUUCGUGUCAAGGGUAUCAGCGGCCUUCGCAUUGCUGACACGUCUGUUAUCCCUCUUCUUCUCUCCGCCAACCUACAAAUUGCUACAUACGCAUUGGCUGAGCAAGCUGCCGUGAUUUUGGAGCCCACCAGUGCUUGA